UGUUUACAAAAGGUUUACAGUAAGUACAUUUUGCAUGUUGCCCGCACUGUAAAAAUUACUGUGAUACCUGCUUCUGAUCAUAGAGAUGAUGCCGAAUUUAUGCAUCACCAAGUGCUUCCAUUACGUCAAUGCCAUUCCAUGAGAUAGAUUGAUAUUACGGUCAGACCGGUCCAGUUCCUCUAAUAUUAUUACAGGCUUUACAGCGCAAUCAUCCUGCAAUCUUUCCAUUGAAAAGAAAGAAGAACAACAGCCAAGCUUCACGCUACUCUGACUAAUGUUCUGGAACUGUUGAGCGUGUGAUCUGGAUUGCUGCCUUGUACUGUGCUGUUGUCAGAAAUCAUUCAUAUUUCUCCGGGACGUCGCGUUAUUCUAUCCUCACGCUGUGGAGCAGCCGUUUCCCUCCUUGUGAUAUCUAAUUGUUGAUUUUCUUUCCACAUCGCUACCUUCAGCUUCGUUAAAACUGGCGACAACGGUCACUUUUGACAGACAAAGUAGUACGGCAAGUACGGGCAGCAUGGUGGGGAUGAGAAAACUCAGCUUCGGAUACUCGGAGGAGCGUCCUUAUUUGGAUUGUGCCAUCCCUGAUUGCCCAAGGGAUGGAAUACGCGUUCGAGUUUGUUAUGCGGGGUUAUGUUAUGUUCCGUCCAUCAGUAACUCUCCAUUGCGUAAAGGAUGUGCUGGAUACAGAAACGGAAAUUUUUUCGAAGGGUUUGAAAUUUCUGGAGUGAUUGAAUGUAUCGGUGAAAGUGUCCUGACUCACGAUCUGUCCGUGGGGGACCCGGUGGCUGUUUUUCCAGAUGCCGAAAUCACAGAACAAGGAUAUGCGGAUUUCGUUGUCGUCAGGAAGUUGAAUAACAUAGUCAAACUUCCCUCCUCGAUCAGCCUUGCCGUGGGGGCUAUGUUACCCACUGGAGGCACACUGGCCAUGUCCACAGUUAUACAUUGUCAGAAAUACUUGGAAGAAGUUGUCAAUGCAAAAGGGCAUUGUAACAUCGUGAUCUUUGGGGCCGGUUCACUGACGCAUUGGCUGAUCCGUCUGCUGCGGUACUCUCACAGUCGGAUUGCCGACCGCAUUCAUAUUAUUGUUGCGUCGGACGAUUGGGAGGGUUUGAAGAUAGCACAAAAGCUUGGUGCGGAAGAGGUGUUGUUUCUGGGAGAAGAUUGCCAUGAGCAGGUUUUAGUGGAGCGAAUGAAAGGCUACGUACGGGGUGGCAUUCAAAUGUCCAUAUGUCUGGCCCACGAUGAACGCCUGCAAAAGCGUUCAGCGGGAUGUCUUAUGGACGGUGGAGUGCUGGUCAUACCAGAAUUCUCAUUGACGGCGGAAAGUGAUCUGGUGGAAAACAAGCAGCUAAGGAUUGUUGAAGUCCCUAAAGGAACUGCUGAAGAUCUUCGUACGCUGGUGCGAAUCAUCAGCCAGGGCCAGAGCCUGCAGGCCAAUCAACCUGCCUACAAAAUUUAUCCGGUUGAGUCGUCUCAGAGGAUUUUUGAGGAGAUGCAAAUGUCGGACAUCAACGAACGUCCGGUGUUGGAAUUCGAGACAGCUGACAGCGUGUUUACGUAGUACUGUUGAUUCCAGCGCCUCAUCUCAACUACAUUCAAGCGCUCUGUAUUUUGUUCCCCAUUAGUUCAGCUUUGAUCGCAUUGUGAUAUCCUCAUUGAUCGCCAUUUAUCUCUGGUGCGUCUUUAUAUGGUGGAUAAGGUGGAGUUCCUACGUACUUACACGAGGAGUCCCUGAAUCGCGGAAGUGUUUAGCGCUACGAGCACUCUCGAGUAUUGCCGGUUAAUCUGGGUUGCACCAAAAAUCAGCAGUGAUUUUUCUCUGUUCGGAGAUUCAGCUUAUUAUUAUCUCCCGUUGGUUAUUUAGACCGGAGAUUGGAUAAUGCUUUUUGGGAAAAAUGAAUAGGCAAACUAACGCGUGUGGAGAUAAGACUCUUUAGGUUUUAAAUAUUAUAUCUGUUAAAGUUGCUGGUGGUCAACCUUUUGUCGGUUUUGAGUGUGGAAUUUGGCACGAAAAUGAAAACGCUGUGCAGGCCGCGGAUAUGUAUGAUCUACGCUACGCUUGCAUGUGUAUUGAUACUGAUGGUUAUGCUGCUGUCGAUGCUACCUAGGACCUACUAUUUACUGUUGUGAAAUUUGUUGUUGCUUGAAGUGUAAAAAAAAUGUGAAAAAUAAUCCGGCGCAGU